AUGAAAGUCCUUGCACGGGGCAAGAUCCGAGAGGCACCCUCACCCAUGACAUGGGUAGCUGGACUCCUAUCUCUUCAGCAAGAAGGUGGCUGGGAUCAUGCUGUCGUCAUUCAACAAUGGAACGAACAAGCGAGCAAGGCAGAGCGGCUCGUCGGUGGCCGCUUCAUGACAGUCAAGAAUAUUCUCGAGUUGGAACCCUCAGUCCGCUCAGUCUUGCAAGAUGCAAUUAACCAAUGCGGCUCCCCCUACUCGGACGACUCCCUCAGCACGAAAAAAUUGGUCCUGGGAUUUGUGUUCCGGGGUGCCCGGGUGACCAAGCAGAGCAAUUGGUGGAAGUACGGCCAGGUGACCAACGAAAGUACAACAUUGGCUUUGAAGUACACGAAUGCCUGCUAUUUCCGGAUGCCUCGGAAUUUGCGGACAAAGCCGACCAAGACAGUAUUGGAGGCUCGAAGUGAGUUCUGUGCACUGGCAGUGGCUUUGCGUGACAUGGCUGCUGGGCAGGUGGCAAACAUCGAGCCCUUCCUGAACAAGAGGUGGCUGUCACGGCUGGAAAAUGGUGACGUUGGGCUGGAAGUGGAGCAAGGCCUGAAACAGCUCAUUGAUGAGUUUGCCGGCAACCUGCCUGGCAAGGGAACGCUUGGGGACUCAGCAGCUGCCUCCGGCUGCAAUCUGGACAGGGCACAGCUAGAAGUGGACUUGAAGACGUAUGAGCUCCUCAAGCAAGAGAUUGAGUUUGACAUGCAAGCCUUUACAGUGUACUUGGCCAACAGUGCCAGCCACAAGAGUGCAGUGGCUCAUCAGCAGAACCUUUGGCAGCUGGAUGAAGCCCGGGCAGCUGCAGAUGCGUUUCUUGAUCAACAUGUGACUUUGGCUGCAAGAAAAGGAGACCAGUCCAUUUCUUGGCUGCAGCAGAGUUUUUUUAUUGCAGCAGCUUUUAAGGUGACAGCUUUCAUUUGGGAGCAGAGCAAGGAUGGACAGGAUCCGGGCAUGGUCGGGGUCACGGCAUACCUGGAAUCCCAGCAAAGCCGCAUGAAGCGGUGCCAGAUGGACAGGGUUGCAGACCACCAAGGAGCGAUAUUCAAGUUCCUCCAGCACAGCUUGGCUGAUGUCAACAACGUUGCUGUGCUUUUGAAUCCUCUCUUCAGCUAUAAGAAGAACGGCCGAUAUGCAGAAGAGCACGCCGUGCUGCAACGCAUCGCCAUGACUGGUGUGCAGAUGGAUCGCCUGCUGCAUUGGUGCAUUGUUGCCCAGGAUGACAGAGAGGAUCGCCCCUUGAGCUAUCCUGGUCACCUGCUGACCAGUGUAGCAACCGACACCCUUCCGGCUGGAGAAUUCCUCUGGCGGAAAUCUACACUCUUCAAGCGGUCUCGUACCCCAGAGGCGAAGCAGCUUGGCGGUCGAGAAAUGAUUUCCGUGGAGGAGGUUGGUGAGACAUCGAUGCCAGCAAGCCCAAGCAUUCAGCUGUCUGGCACAGUGAAGGGAGCCCAGAAAUGGGCCCAGGUUGGGCCGGAUGCUGCAACAAAGCUGCUGCAGUCCCUGGUGGCAUCUAGGUUUGAGGUUUGUGACGGAGUCAUGUUUGGGCUUUGCUUGCUUCGUUGUCAGGACGGCAUGGACUUGCCUGGCAAAAUGGGGCUGGACAUCAUCGACUUGUUUCCAUUUGUCGGAAACUUUCUCGAGGCCUUUGUGAACCUCCAACAGGGCUCCCGCAAUACCUUGCACUACAUUUGCUUCCUGCCGAACAUGGAGACACAUGAAUGGAUGCAGACGUACUACAGGGAAAUGCUUGCCGACAGAUUCAUGGAGGGAAAGCUGUCACCUGAGAAGCCGCCCGCAGAGCAUCUCGUGGCAGCUCCUGUGCCUGCCACACUGAAGAAGCUGAUUGUGGUGAAGGUAAUGAAAAAACGUGCCUCCGACUCCCAGAUCAGCAACGUGGUGCCGAAGAAGCUGCGUUUGGACCUGUCGACCCAGGGCAAGAUGUAUCUUGUGAAUCCCAAUGAGAAAGAAAAGGUCUCAGUUACAGCCGGCACCAUUGCCACUGGCUUUGGCAAGGGGAAAUGGUUGCAGGAGAAAGCCAAGGAAGUGGAGCUGGAUGUUCAAACUGAUGUGGGCUUUGUCGUGACGGAAAUGGGGCAGUGGAUCAUCCUGGACAACAGUUACACAACAGUUGAGAAUGCUCUGCACUCCAAGGUUGAAAAGCGGAUCCAGUACCACAAGAUGCAAGACGUUCCUGGCCAGCCCGGAAGCUACAAGGAGCACAAGGUCUUCUUCCGCCCAGACAAGGCCCAGCUGACCGGGAAGAUGACGCAAGUGAACAGUGCUCUUUUGUCAGAAGUCUCAAGUUGGAACAGCAGCGUGACUAAGCAAUGCUGGGUUAUGCAGCACAGCAUAAAUGGAUUGGGUCCGGUACGACCAGUCAUUGUUUUCCCACACGAUUUCGAAGUUCCUGCCUCGAAGUGCAUGGAGCUGAUUCCAGGCUGGAUGCCUGAAGGCAGCUCUGCAAUUUUGUAG